GGGUUUUCAGAAUUUCCAAUCCCAUAAAUGAUGUCUCUCUCUUUGGUGUUGACAUUCCAUCCACAUUUUUAAAAUCUCCUGUUAAAAAAGUCUACACAUCCAGUCCCAUAUUCAGAGACAGAAACAUCACCAAUUCUCCUUCCAUGUUCUUCCGUCUGUGAUCCGGUAUUUGGAAUCGUCAAUUUUUUAUCCGAUUUCGAAUGCAAUCUUGGACCCCCUUUUUUUUUCUUUUUUUCUUUUUUGGGGUUUGAGAGCAAAUCUCAAAAGAAUUUGAUUGAUGGAUGCUCUGUUUUUUCUUUUUUAGAGUAUUGAUUUAAUAUUAAAAGGAAGAACUUGGAGCAAAAUCUUUAGAUUUAGGGGUAGACGAAGAAAGGAUUGUGAUGGAUAGGAGUGGUAAGCAACCAGUAAAGCUAGAUGAUGAGCAAAUUGCUGAAUUGCGUGAAAUUUUCCGUUCUUUUGACCGGAACAACGACGGGAGCCUAACGCAGCUUGAGCUUGGCUCGCUUCUGCGAUCUCUGGGGCUAAAACCUAGCCCGGACCAGCUGGAUGCUCUGAUCCAGAAGGUGGACACAAACAACAAUGGUCUCGUGGAGUUCUCGGAGUUCAUAGCGCUGGUGGCACCCGAGCUGCUGCCGGAGAAGUCACCGUACAGUGAGGAGCAGUUGAAGCAGCUGUUUAGGAUGUUUGAUAGGGAUGGAAAUGGUUUCAUUACCGCGGCAGAGUUGGCGCAUUCGAUGGCGAAACUAGGCCAUGCUCUGACGGCGGAGGAGCUCACCGGGAUGAUCAAGGAGGCGGACACGGACGGAGAUGGGAUGAUCAGUUUCCAGGAGUUCUCUCAGGCAAUUUCCACUGCUGCUUUUGAUAAUUCUUGGACUUAGAAUGCAACUUUUGAGGCUUGCAACAUAGAUGAGUUUCUAACAAGACUUGAGACAUGGCGAUGGCCAGUAUCUUGAAGGUGAUUAUCAUUAUAUAGGGAUCGGUUUCAGAUAAACAAAUGUUUUAAAUCUUGGCCCCCUUUUUUUGGCUGAAGAGGAUUUGUAUCAAGUUCUUAGGAGUUGGUUUCUGUUUUAGUAGAUCUUCCAGUCUAAAAAUGGUCAGGUUUGUUCAUUUUGCUUCUCGGGAACUCAUGUUAAAAUUCAAAUAAAUUCUUUUAAUCAGU